ACCCGAAGCUGGGUUCCACGCGGCGCGGCCUGAACGGAGGCGGAGGGUUUCCCAGGCCGAAGGGAGACACCGCGGAGGAGGGGCUUCCUCCCUGCUUCAGCGGCUUCCGGUUUGCCAAAACUCACAUUAAACUCGAAUCGUCGCUUGUCUGAUGGCGCUGGGGCUCAUUCUUCUUCCUGUGUUGCAGACGAAGAAACGGGGCGAUCUGAAUCCAGAUUUAGCGAUGUGUUAGCCGUGUGACCUUGUGCCGUAAAGCGACCUAAACUGUCACUUUCCUCAUUUGUGUAAUGGGGAUAGUAAAAGGACUUGCUUCAUGCGGUCGUGGGACUCCAGUGUCAGUGAACGCACUGGAGGGGUUGAGCACGAUGCUUGACGACGAUGGCAGGAUUUCCACAGUAUAUGUAGUAUGAUCUCCAAAUCUUGGCCUCUUAUUCAACUUGUGCAGUCAUAGUUCCACUGACUGGAGAAUAAAUGGGAUUUGCAAAAAUUCCUCACUGGACUGAAAUAUAGACUGCAGUGUUAAUAUCCUUUUCUUCUUGUUAUUAACAGUUCCUCAGAAAAUUAAAUGUCGUCAGAAGACCGAGAAGCUCAGGAGGAUGAAUUGCUGGCCCUGGCGAGUAUUUAUGAUGGAGAUGAAUUUAGAAAAGCAGAGUCUGUCCAAGGUGGAGAAACCAGGAUCUACUUGGAUUUGCCACAGAAUUUCAAGAUAUUUGUGAGCGGCAAUUCAAAUGAGUGUCUCCAGAAUAGUGGCUUUGAAUACACCAUUUGCUUUCUGCCUCCACUUGUGCUGAACUUUGAACUGCCACCAGAUUAUCCAUCCUCCUCCCCACCUUCAUUCACACUUAGUGGCAAAUGGCUGUCACCAACUCAGCUCUCUGCUCUUUGCAAGCACUUAGACAACCUGUGGGAAGAGCACCGUGGCAGCGUGGUUCUGUUUGCCUGGAUGCAGUUUCUUAAGGAAGAGACCCUAGCAUACCUGAAUAUUGUCUCUCCUUUUGAGCUCAAGAUGGGUUCUCAGAAAAAAGUGCAGAGAAGGAUGGUUCAAGCCUCUCCCAACACAGAGCUAGAUUUUGGAGGAGCUGCCGGAUCUGAUGUAGACCAAGAGGAAAUUGUGGAUGAGAGAGCUGUGCAGGAUGUGGAAUCACUGUCAAGUCUCAUCCAGGAAAUCUUGGACUUUGAUCAAGCUCAGCAGAUAAAAUGCUUUAAUAGUAAAUUGUUCCUGUGCAAUAUCUGUUUCUGUGAGAAGCUGGGUAGUGAAUGCAUGUACUUCUUGGAGUGCAGGCACGUGUACUGCAAAGCCUGUCUGAAGGACUACUUUGAAAUCCAGAUCAGAGAUGGCCAGGUUCAGUGCCUCAACUGCCCGGAACCAAAGUGCCCUUCGGUGGCCACUCCUGGUCAGGUCAAAGAGCUAGUGGAAGCAAAGUUAUUUGCCCGUUAUGACCGCCUUCUCCUCCAGUCUACCUUGGAUCUGAUGGCAGAUGUGGUGUACUGCCCUCGCCCGUGUUGCCAGCUGCCUGUGAUGCAGGAGCCUGGCUGCACUAUGGGCAUCUGCUCCAGCUGCAAUUUUGCCUUCUGUACCCUGUGCAGACUGACCUACCAUGGAGUCUCUCCAUGUAAGGUGACGGCAGAGAAAUUAAUGGACUUACGAAAUGAGUACCUGCAAGCAGAUGAGGCCAAUAAAAGAUUUUUGGAGCAGAGGUAUGGUAAAAGGGUGAUUCAGAAGGCACUGGAAGAGAUGGAAAGUAAGGAGUGGCUAGAAAAGAACUCAAAGAGCUGCCCAUGCUGUGGAACUCCCAUAGAGAAAUUAGAUGGAUGUAACAAGAUGACGUGUACUGGCUGUAUGCAGUAUUUCUGCUGGAUUUGCAUGGGUUCUCUGUCUAGAGCAAACCCUUACAAACAUUUCACUGAUCCCACUUCCCCGUGUUUUAAUCGGUUGUUUCAUGCUGUGGAUGUUAAUGGAGAUAUUUGGGAAGAUGAGAUUGAAGACUAGUUAACUCCUGCUCAAGAUAUGGAAGUGAGAUGGUUUGCCCUAAUCUUUUGUUGAGUACACAAAACAAUCUUGCAGGAUAUUUAGGGUACCAUUCGUUCACUCUUCAUGUGUUGAAGAUAAGGAAGAACAAGGUUUAUAGUUUCAUGUGGUACUACUGAUUAAGGCACAUUCACAUAUUUUUUAAUGUAACAUAAAUUGAGAAAAAGUAUAAGCCAAAGGUUCAGAAAAUGAAACUACAGAAUAUUAAAUAUUAUUAUGUGCUCAAAGUUCUGAAUAGUUAAAAAUUAAGUAUUUCUUUUCUUCCCCAAGCUUUAGGUAAGGAGAAGAGAGGUCGAGAGUUAAAUUGACAGGCCCUUUUGUCUCUGAGGUGCAUCCCUCUGAGACAUUCUGCUGGAGCGCCCUCGGUGCGACUCCUCACAGCUGGGGUGGGCAAAAGCCUUAUGAAAAUUGUACUGAGGGUCUCCUCUCGUUUAGUCCAUGUUACAUUCCUUCCAACCUAAAUUUCUGCCAAGUUCUCUUUGGAGGGAGUCCUUGACUUUAUAACUGACUGGAUGGUCCAGUGUCAUUUUGAUCUACUGCUUUUCAGAAUAGAAAUUUAUAAUUAUUUAAAAAAUAUUUUUAAUACCCUCAAAACUGUGGGUCACUUGAUAUUUAUUUAGUGUAUAUAGUCCACUGGUUUUAGGCCAGGUCUAGACUUUAGUGAUUCUGACUCAGAAGAAUUUCCGUUCUAUUCCACUUUCUGUAGAGCCUUUGGUCCCACACGCUCUCCUUUUAAACCUUGUCCUAUCUUCUGUUGGUGAGGACAGUUUUUAUAUUCCAGUAGCAUGUUUUUAUUUCCUCUGCUGGAAUAGGAGAAAGCCUAAUAUAUUCCCAAGCUGAAGGUCCUUGAAUUAUCUGCAUUUUGAACCUGCCCACACCACUGUAGUUCCAUUCCCAACUUUCUGAAUUUUUUUUAAAGGUCUUUUCUAACAAGCUCUGGGAAUUUGACUUCCUACCUUUUUGUUGCAGCAGCAGUGUUUUGGAUGAUAAUUUUGGACUGAUACCUAGAUCCCUGUUUCUGGGUUUUGUUGAUUUUUUGAAAAAUUGUCUUUCCUUAUGGUUUGGUGAGUGGCUUGGUAGCAAAAUAAGAUUUUUUGGAAAAGAGGACAGAAGAAUUGAACUGCAGCUUGUGAACAUGUUCUUUUUUCCUACUUUGUCACUGAAAUUGAGGAACCACUUUUACUGUUUUAGGUGUGUAUGUCCAAAGAGUCAGUAAGGACUCUGUUUCUGGAUUGUCAAUGAGGAUGCUUAAUCUUAAAAAUAAAAAUGAUUUAAAAAUUCAUCUUAUAAUUA